CGCACACGUGGCAAAACUCACCCUCCCUCUCUAUCUCUAACUCUCUCUAUCUCUCUCUCUCUCUCUCUGGGGCAUGCACCGUCGCCAUGGGCUGCUCCGCCACCGCCCUCCCCUCAUCCCUCAUCCUCCCCACCCAGCCUAAGCCCCUCCACCUUACCCGCCGCUCCCUCCUCUUCCUCUCCACUGCCGUCACCACGACCACCCCCCUCACCCUCUCCCCCUCCGCGGCCGCCCCGCCUCCGGACACCACCAUCACCCACCGCGUCUUCAUGGACUUCAGCGUCUGCCCCACCUACUUCCUCAACCGCACCCUCGGCGACGAUCCUUCUCUCUGCGACUCCUCCGACCCCCUCGGCCGCCUCGUCCUCGGCCUCUACGGCAACCUCGUCCCCCUCACCGUCUCCAACUUCGUCACCAUGUGCGCCGCCGCCGCCCCCUCCUACAAGGGCACUCUCGUCCACAAGAUCUUCCCGGGCCAGUUCUUCGUCGCCGGCCGCCAAGGCCGCCGCGAGAAGGGAGAGGUCAAGCCGCCGCUGGACUUCUUGGCCCGCAACACCGAGACGGUCAGUCCUCGGGCUUUCCUGCUUGGCCACUCCAGACCCGGCGUUCUUUCACUGUGCUUGUCGGAAAACGACGACGACGACGAGAUUAAACUGAACCCCGAUUACAGAAACGUCGAAUUCUUGAUCACCACAGGGCCUGGUCCUUGCCCUCAGCUCGACAGCCGGAACAUUGUCUUCGGAACAGUGCUUGAAGGGAUGGAUGUGGUGACCACGAUAGCUUCGAUUCCGACGUACAAACCGGGGGAGAGAAUCCGGCAAUACAACAGCUUGGCGCAGCUACUGGGGGACGAAAGGGCGAAGACGGCGAGGGCAAUAUGGGACAGGCCCCUAAAGACUAUUUACAUCAGUGACUGUGGGGAGCUUCUGGUCUCCAAGCCGUCUCUUUCUCCAUCUCUUCCUUAAUAAUAAUACACACCUCCCCAUUUAUUUGUUUCUUAGAUACAUCAAAAUAAUUAAAGACUUCAUUGAAGACCUUAAGAUAUUUUAUGAUAAUAAUUGUAAUUUAAUUUUUUUUUUAAAUAAAUUUUAAUUGAUGAUGUAUUUAGAAUUGUGUAGUCACAA